CGGAUAGAUUUAUAGACGGUGAUUGGACUACUGGAAGGGGUGGGGGCUAGACAGAGUGAAAGAAACAGCAACUACCGCAACACCAGCGCCAGAGGCUUGAAGAGAAAGACGAACGAAAAGAGGUGUAGUUUUUCUUAUGGAAGAAUAUCCAGUUAUUUCAUGAUGGCAUUUGCACCUCCAAAAAACAUAGGUGGUCCCAAAAUGCAGACAAAGAUGAGUACCUGGACACCCCUAAACCAUCAGCUUUUGAAUAACCGGGUCUUUGAAGAAAGAAGAGCUCUGCUUGGAAAAUGGUUUGACAAAUGGACAGACUCUCAAAGGAGAAGAAUCCUGACAGGGCUGUUAGAACGCUGCUCCCUGUCACAGCAAAAGUUCUACUGUCGAAAGCUUCAGGAAAAAAUUCCAGCAGAAGCUCUGGAUUUUACUACCAAGCUUCCAAGGGUGUUAUCUUUAUAUAUCUUUUCUUUCCUGGAUCCCCGAAGCCUUUGUCGUUGUGCACAGGUGAGCUGGCAUUGGAAGAACUUAACUGAACUGGAUCAGCUCUGGAUGCUCAAAUGUUUACGGUUUAACUGGUACAUCAAUUUCUCUCCAACUCCCUUUGAGCAGGGUAUAUGGAAGAAACACUAUAUUCACAUGGUGAAAGAACUCCAUGUUACCAAGCCCAAGACACCUCCAAAAGAUGGGUUUGUGAUCGCUGAUGUUCAACCAGUUACAAGCAGUUCUCCAGAGGAAAAGCCGUCCCCUUCAUCAGCUUUCCGGUCCUCUUCCUCUUUAAGAAAGAAGAACCACCCAGGGGAGAAAGAACUCCCACCCUGGCGAUCCUCUGACAAACAUCCAACUGAUAUCAUUCGCUUCAAUUACCUGGACAACUGUGACCCCAUUGAGCAAAGCUGGCAAGGAAGAAGGAAAAGACACGAAAUGACCCCAGAGUUCAACCGACAGUCACAUGAUAUCCCUAAGUGCAGAACCCAGCACCCCCGUACACAUUCCAGCUCAUCUUGCUUGGCUUCCACAUCGACCAGUGGGGCUCCCAGCCACUGAAGCAGCAACGAAAACUCUCAUGCAGCAUCUCCAGAGACACUCUGGGCUUCAAUCAUUACCCCAGGCCUUCCAGCCAAAGUUGAUUUAAAAAUGUGAAAGGAUUUU